CUGUGAAUUGUGCGUACCGAUGAACAACACGCAUCAAAUCACUCUGUAUGCAGCUGUGGCGAAGUUGCAGUCUCGAGACUCAUGGAAUGUGUCUCGUCCAUCAGGUGCAGAACGUCUUUAGACUUGGCCAGAGCACGUCCUCACACAGGGGUUGAACCGCCUGGUUCUCAAAAACGUUAUAGGCACUGCUCUUCAGUGCUCUUGAUGUCAACUCUAACCGCAGUAUUGGGGAACAUCCUUAAGCAUGGGAAUGGUCUCUCUUCUUGGCGCUGUCAUUUUAUCAGUUGUGGAGCUCAGGCUCCUUUGUGACCACUUGUCUUUCCGCGCAAUAAAGAAGCUGGUUCGCCGUUGGAAACACAUAAUA